AAUUUUACCGGAGCUCCAAAUCCACAGCCAACGUCACUCAAGAACCCCUCCGAAUUGCCAUACUCUCUCCUGUUUCCGACGUAAUAUCAGACUCCUCUCUCCAGGUACCUCGAGCAGACUUCCAAGAUGCAGGCUCCAGUGGUGGUUAUGAGUACGUUCUUUCCACAAGCUUCUAAAGCUACAAGAGGCCCUCAAAAUCCGGUAUGCUGUACUGACGGAUCCUUGCAGAUACCCAGAGUGGUGAUAGACAAACUGGAAGAAAAGCCCAGCUCUCAAAUAUCACGGCUGCCAAAACGUAAGGCAGCCCAGUAGCCCCUCCUCAAACUCGACAACCCAAGAAACCCGCAAAACUGACCUAGAACAGCGUCGCAGAUAUCAUCCGAUCAUGUUUAGGACCAAAGGCAAUGUUGAAGAUGUUGUUAGAUCCUAUGGGAGGUAUUGUGUUGACAAAUGACGGACAUGCCAUUCUCCGAGAAAUCGAGGUCUCACAUCCAGCGGCAAAGAGCAUGAUCGAGCUCAGCAGAACGCAAGACGAGGAGGUUGGAGAUGGAACCACUACUGUUAUCAUUCUUGCUGGUGAGAUUCUUGCCCAAGCUCUGCCACAAUUAGAGCGCAACAUCCACCCUGUUGUGAUCAUUUCCGCCUUCAAGCACGCUCUGAAAGACGCCCUCGAAAUCAUCGACGAGAUCUCCCUCCCAGUUGAUAUCAAUGACGACAAAGCCAUGUACCAGCUGAUUUCCUCCUCAAUCGGUACCAAGUUCGUAUCUAGGUGGUCAGAGUUGAUGUGCAACCUCGCGCUCAAGGCUGUUCGCACAGUCACUUUUGAAGUUGGUGGUGGCAAGAAGGAAGUGGAUAUCAAGCGUUAUGCACGAGUUGAGAAGGUUCCGGGUGGAGAGAUUGAAGACAGCAGAGUUUUGGAUGGUGUCAUGCUCAACAAGGAUAUUACACAUCCCAAGAUGAGAAGACGGAUAGAGAACCCCAGAAUUGUGCUUCUGGACUGCACACUGGAAUACAAGAAGGGCGAGUCUCAGACCAAUAUUGAGAUUAGCAAGGAGGAGGACUGGAACAAGAUCCUGCAGAUUGAGGAGGAGCAGGUGAAGCUCAUGUGUGAUGCUAUUCUUGCAGUCAAGCCUGAUCUGGUCAUCACCGAGAAGGGAGUUUCUGACCUUGCCCAACACUAUCUUUUGAAGGCCAAUGUUACUGCUCUGCGCCGAGUUCGUAAGUCAGAUACCAACCGAGUUGCCCGAGCCACUGGCGCAACAAUCGUCAACCGAGUCGAGGACCUUCAAGAAUCCGACGUCGGAACUUCCUGCGGACUCUUUGAGAUCGAAAAGAUUGGUGACGAGUACUUUACCUUCCUUACCAAGUGCAAAGACCCCAAAGCUUGCACUAUCCUCCUCAGAGGUCCCUCAAAAGACAUCUUGAACGAGAUUGACAGGAAUUUGGCCGAUGCUAUGGCUGUGGCCCGUAACGUCAUGUUCCAUCCAAGACUGUCGCCUGGAGGUGGUGCAACCGAGAUGGCUGUUGCGGUUCGAUUAGGACAGUUAGCCAAGAGCAUCGAGGGUGUCCAACAAUGGCCAUAUAAGGCUGUUGCGGAAGCUAUGGAAGUCAUCCCAAGAACACUCAUCCAGAACGCCGGUGCAAGCCCGGUCAGAGUCCUCACUGCCCUGAGAGCCAAGCAUGCAGAAGGUGGAAGCACGUGGGGUAUCGACGGUGAUACUGGAAAGCUUGUUGACAUGAAGGAGUACGGUGUCUGGGAGCCGGAAGCAGUCAAGUUGCAAAGUAUCAAGACUGCGAUCGAGUCUGCGUGCUUGCUUUUGAGAGUAGACGAUAUCUGCAGUGCAAAAGCAGCCAGACAGGCUGGAGGCGGUGGUGCGCUAGGAACUGGGGAAGAAUAGAUAGCGUUGUCUUGAAAAGUCAGUGUAUUAAAAAGCGACGAUAAUGUGACGGGCAUACCAUUGUAACAUAGCAUAGAGCCAAUGUAUGUCCGGAUUUCAUGCCUAUACCACCAAUUUGUUUCUCAUAUGCUCCUACGAGAAGCAGUAGGUUUACCAUCAAAAAGUCGGACCUCGUGAAUAUCUAAGUUUGGCUGCCGAAGGAUGCCUUCAAUCGUCAUCAUGGAUAAUGACGCCCUUCUCCUCCUCCACAGCCGUGCCACCCAUCUCCUCGUCGCCAUUACCCUCUCCGCCCAAUCUCUCAGCCCCCUCUCGAAUAAUGACUCUCGGUUUGACUUUCCCUCCUGUACCGGCACCCUGCUCAUUUCCCUCACUGCCUUUAUUACCACCCUUCUUCCUCUUCAGCCUCUCUCUUUUCUCCCUGUUCUUCCUCGUCUUCUCCCUAUCCCUCUCUUCCCUCUCCUUCUUCUCCCUCUCCCACUGAGCACCCUCUUCUUCCUUCCUAACCUCCUCAUCCAUCCCCCUCAACCGCUCAUACUCCCGCCUCCGACUCGCCUUAUACACAUGGAACUCUCCGGAUCCCGCACCAGCGCUGGAGCCUUGUACAUUCUGUACUAUUUCUGGGGGCCCGCCGUUGGGAUUACUGUGGGAAGUGAGAGAUGUUGAGCCUGGGAUGCGGAUCUCCUGGUCGGGUUUCGAGAAGAGUGUGGUUAUGGCGGAUGCGGUUUGAGAGCGUGGUGAGAGAGCACGUUUCUUGGUGGGGCGCUUGGAUCGUGGGUCCGCGGAGGUUGGAAUAGAUUCCGGGAUCGGUUCUGACAUCUUGGGUGGUUUUGGUUGGCGCAGUUCUUUUUGGAGCUCAGAUAUUGAGGAAGGCAGAGAUGAGGCUCGCGAUGCCAAGCCUUUCUGAUCAGAUGCACGUGAACUGAUGGUUGGCGUCGACGCUAAAACAGGUGCUGUGCGGAGCAUAUUCCUUCUCCUUGGUCACUCUUAUCUUGGUUAGAAAAUAAUGGUGUACCUUACUGUAGGCGGGUACCUUAACUUGAAAUAAAUAUUUCACGUGUUAUGCAUCCAUACAACAAACUUCUCACCGUUGAUUCUGUCACAGAGUCUUUCCACAGUUUGCCCACUGCGGUGGCUUCACCUCACUAGCACUUGAGAAGGCUUCAACAGAGACCAUAAAUAAG